GCUCUGUUCGCAUCCGGAAGUGUUGUCAUAUGAGUGGUGACCGGCGUGUAUUCGGUGGAAGUGACAUGCGGCUGUAAUAAGCGUUAGGAUGUCUGAAGGAAAUGCAAAUUCUGCUCAAGGAGCCCCUCGCCCCCCGGUUGGUGGGGGGCGAGGACUGGUGGGCCGCAGGCCAUCCGCUCCGCUAACACCGGGGCGCCUUCCCUCCAUUCGCUCUCGUGAUCUCACUCUUGGAGGUGUACGGAAGAAAACCUUUGCUCCAAAUAUAAUCAGCAGGAAGAUAAAAGAAGAACCAAAGGAGGAGGUGUCGGUGAAGGUGGAACGGACGGACCGUGGAAGGGACCGCCGAGGAGAUGGACCGGGCAGAGGGCGUGGAAGGCCGCAAGUUAUUCAAAGUCACUCCAUUUUCGAGCAAGGACCAGCAGAGCAGCUCAAGAAGAAAAGUGGAUGGGACGCGCCUUCACAAUCGGCAGACCUUGGCCCAUCGCACAUUAUAAAUAUUAAAAAAGAAAAAAGGGAGACUGAGGAGGAAACAAAGGAGAUCCUGCGCAGGUUGGAGAAUGACAAGUUCCUGGAUGACCCUGGGCUCAGAAAUGAUGCACGGAAUCACCCUGUGCAGCUGCCACUUGUACAUUCUGGGUGGCUUUUCAGAGAAGAAGAAGAAGAAGACGACGACGAGGAGGAGACAAAGCCUGUAUUAGGAGCCCCCAAGGAGGAAAUGAUGGACGUGGAUUCUACUCAAGUUAAAGUGAAGGAAGAACCAAUGGAAGAUGAAGAUCAAGAAUGUAAACCUGGACUUCCUCCUUGUAAAGCUCCUGUAAUAAGGAAGCCUCCUGAGAGGAAAGAUGUGACCCUGCCGGAGUUACUGGAAUCACUAAAGGUUUCUGGAGAGGAGACUCUCCUUUUCCUACAACUGCCUGACACCCUUCCAGGUCAGCGACCCACGCAGGACACCCGGCCCGUCAAGACUGAAGUGCAGAACGAGGAUGGACAAACGUUCCUGGUGAAGGACAAAGGCCAAGAGGCGCAGGCAGGAGAUGACAGCUGCUCCCUACGGGAUGUGUCAGAGGGCCAGAUUGGGAAGCUAAUCGUGCGCAAGUCUGGCAAGGUGCAGCUGGUACUUGGCAAGGUAACCCUCGAUGUCACAAUGGGGACAACAUGCACAUUUCUGCAGGAGCUCGUGUCCGUUAAUGUUGGUGAAGCCCGUAGUGGCGACAUGAUGGUCCUGGGUCAUGUCCAGCACAAGCUCGUGUGUUCCCCAGACUUUGAAUCUUUACUGGAGGGCCGGCACCGUUGAGGCGUCUCACCCGCUCUCCACAGACAUCGGCUAUGUUUCUUCUUAAAAUCGCAUCGGCUAUGGGACUUAACCUGCAAAGACUGGUAGGACCGCUUUAGCGUGUGGCCAUUCGAAGGAGACAUGCAGCAUCAAACGUGGACACCUGAAGACACUUCUUUCACCAGGUGUCAGAUCAUCUUGUACCUGUUUGAAACCAGUGCAGUAGGAUACAUACCCGCGUCAAUACAGUAUGAUCGGUUUUCCAGCCAUUAUAAUAAUUGUAUCGCUUCCCCAUGAAGUUUACCUUUGAGACAUGAAUAGCCCACGGGUUAUAAAGUGUUGCUGAGGAUGGAGGGUACAGUAGGACCUGAGCAAUGCAUUUUGGUGCUUCGGACACGCCAGGCGCAGUUUGCAUACAGUAAGAGUUUUUACAUGGUCGGCAUGACUUGAGAUGAGCUUCUUACUCCAAAGUGCUUGGCUAUAAUUCCAUCUUUAAAGUAAUAAAAUUCAUUUCUGGAUCCCUCAACAUUUAUUUGUGUUUCAGCGCAGUAUGUCUUCUUUUUUA